AUGAGUGACCACAGCGAGACGAGUGACCACAGUGACACGAGUGACCAAAGCGAGACGAGUGACAACAGUGACACGAGUGACCACAGUGAGACGAGUGACCACAGCGAGACGAGUGACCACAGUGAGAUGAGUGACCACAGUGACACGAGUGACCACAGUGAGACGAGUGACCACAGCGAGACGAGUGACCACAGUGACACGAGUGACCACAGUGACACGAGUGACCACAGCGAGACGAGUGACCACAGUGACACGAGUGACCACAGUGAGACGAGUGACCACAGUGACACGAGUGACCACAGUGAGAUGAGUGACCACAGCGAGACGAGUGACCACAGUGACACGAGUGACCACAGCGAGACGAGUGACCAGAGUGACACGAGUGACCACAGUGAGACGAGUGACCACAGUGACACGAGUGACCACAGUGACACGAGUGACCACAGUGACACGAGUGACCACAGUGAGACGAGUGACCACAGUGACACGAGUGACCACAGUGAGAUGAGUGACCACAGCGAGACGAGUGACCACAGUGAGACGAGUGACCACAGUGACACGAGUGACCACAGUGACACGAGUGACUACAGUGACACGAGUGGCCACAGUGAGACGAGUGACCACAGUGACACGAGUGACCACAGUGAGAUGAGUGACCACAGCGAGACGAGUGACCACAGUGACACGAGUGACCACAGCGAGACGAGUGACCACAGUGACACGAGUGACCACAGUGAGACGAGUGACCACAGUGACACGAGUGACCACAGUGACACGAGUGACCACAGUGACACGAGUGACCACAGUGAGACGAGUGACCACAGUGACACGAGUGACCACAGUGAGAUGAGUGACCACAGCGAGACGAGUGACCACAGUGAGACGAGUGACCACAGUGACACGAGUGACCACAGUGACACGAGUGACUACAGUGACACGAGUGGCCACAGUGAGACGAGUGACCACAGUGACACGAGUGACCACAGUGAGAUGAGUGACCACAGCGAGACGAGUGACCACAGUGACACGAGUGACCACAGCGAGACGAGUGACCACAGUGACACGAGUGACCACAGUGAGACGAGUGACCACAGUGACACGAGUGACCACAGUGACACGAGUGACCACAGUGACACGAGUGACCACAGUGAGACGAGUGACCACAGUGACACGAGUGACCACAGUGAGAUGAGUGACCACAGCGAGACGAGUGACCACAGUGACACGAGUGACCACAGUGACACGAGUGACUACAGUGACACGAGUGACUACAGUGACACGAGUGACCACAGUGACACGAGUGACCACAGCGACACGAGUGACCACAGUGAGACGAGUGACCACAGUGAGACGAGUGACCACAGUGCGACGAGUGACAACAGUGAGACGAGUGACCACAGUGACACGAGUGACCACAGUGAGACGAGUGACCACAGUGACACGAGUGACAACAGUGACACGAGUGACCACAGUGAGACGAGUGACCACAGUGAGACGAGUGACCACAGUGAGACGAGUGACCACAGUGACACGAGUGACCACAGUGAGACGAGUGACAACAGUGAGACGAGUGACCACAGUGACACGAGUGACCACAGUGAGACGAGUGACAACAGUGAGACGAGUGACCACUUUGAGACGAGUGACCACAGUGACACGAGUGACAACAGUGACACGAGUGACAACAGUGACACGAGUGACCACAGUGAGACGAGUGACCACAGUGACACGAGUGACCACAGUGAGACGAGUGACCACAGUGACACGAGUGACCACAGUGAGACGAGUGACCACAGUGAGACGAGUGACCACAGUGAGACGAGUGACCACAGUGAGACGAGUGACCACAGUGACACGAGUGACCACAGUGAGACGAGUGACAACAGUGAGACGAGUGACCACAGUGACACGAGUGACCACAGUGAGACGAGUGACAACAGUGAGACGAGUGACCACAGUGACACGAGUGACCACAGUGACACGAGUGACCACAGUGACACGAGUGACCACAUUGACACGAGUGACCACAGUGACACGAGUGACCACAGUGACACGAGUGACCACAGUGAGACGAGUGACCACAGUGACACGAGUGACCACAGUGACACGAGUGACCACAGUGAGACGAGUGACCACAGUGAGACGAGUGACCACAGUGACACGAGUGACCACAGUGAGACGAGUGACCACAGUGAGACGAGUGACCACAGUGAGACGAGUGACCACAGUGAGACGAGUGACCACACGAAUGUCUUCGACAGUGAAUGUCUUCGACAGCGAAUGUCUUCGACAGCGAAUGUCUUCGAAAGUGAAUGUCUUCGACAGCGAAUGUCUUCGACAGCGAAUGUCUUCGACAGGCACUUUCAAAACUUUGAAUAA